UUUUCUCCCUGCUGCCAGUUCUCUCUCUCUCUCUCUCUACCAGUCAUGGUUUUGUGUAAGCAACUGCUAAUUUAACUUCCUCAACUCCCCUGACCCCACUUAGCAAACCAAGAUUCUACGUUAUGGGUACCCUUUUUUCUUCCAUUACUUCUAAUCAUCAACUGAUCCAUCUUCUGCUAUAAAUCUCUCUUUAGAAACUCCUCCCUAGUUCCCUCUUCAUCAAACAUCACCCUACCCUAUAUUUCUCUCUCUCUCUCUCUCUCUAUAUAUAUAUAUAUAUAUUUACCUGGUAUACAUAUAUAUCUAGUUAUUUAUAUUUAUACAUAUAGAUUCUGAUCAUGGAGGGUUCUGUGGAUCAUUCUUCCGUGAUGAGAGGUGUUAAUAUUGUUCCCGAUUCUGAAAGAACAGCUGCUGUUAAUGAUGAAGAAAGUGGAUGGACAGCUUAUUUUGAAGAUUUCUCUAACCAAAGAAGAGAUGAUGAUGAUGAUGGAGAUAGUUUUGGUACCUCUUCUAUGGUUUCUGAUGCUGCCUCUAUUCCUGCAUGGAAUAAAUCAACUACUUCUCCUCAUCACAGUAACCAUGUUGUUGUUGCUGAUGCUUCUUCUUGCUCCCCAAAUUUUCCCAAGAAAUUAACUUUCAAGAAAAUAAGAGCUAAAGAAAUUUCUUAUGAUGAUUCUCUGGAGGAUACUGCUAGUUCUCCAGUCAAUAGUCCUAAGGUAAGUGAUUUCGGAAUGGCUGACAGGAAUCCCAGGAAGACAAAUGAUCAUUUUAAUAGUUCUCUGAGAAAAGGAGGCAGGUUAGAGCAUUAUGGAGGAGUUCUGGAGACCAAUGAAAGAUGUGAAAUGAGUUACACUGGGAAUAAUGACCGUACUGACUUGAAGAAAAGAGGGCUAUGUCUGGUUCCUUUGUCCAUGUUAGUUAACUAUCUUGGUUAAUCUCUCUCUCUCUCUCUCUCCCUCCCUUGCAGAAGGCCUUGCAGUUAUAUAUAAUGGGAAAAUCCUGUUAAUAUGGUGCUUAAUAGUUGUGAACUACACAAAUGUCUCUCUUUCUCUCCUUCUUCAUCUGUAAACUGAAUCUAGUUCAGAUCUUUCUUCUGUUGUACAUAUUCAAGAGAAGAGAAUAAAGACAAUGUUUGGCAACAA